ACGUCAAUCAGAAGGUCCCGCCGCUGGAGGCGGGUGGAGGCCCGGCCCGGCCCGGCCACCGGCGGCGCCCGUUCAGCGUAGGAUGAGGGCCAGCUGUGUGUGUCUGCUGGCCGGCCUCCCUGGUGCCGGAAAAACCACGCUCGCUCGCCUUCUGCCGAAGCUCCUGCAGCCGAGGUCCGAGUCGAUAGUGUUGUGCUACGAUGAUGUGAUUCCCGGGGAAGCUUUCCUGGCGACAACCGAGGCGGGCAGUGACAAUUCCACCGGAACGAGCUCAUUUUGGAAAUUGUACAGACAUAAGCUACUGGUAUAUAUUGAAUGCUUAAUUCAGGCUAUUAAUGGGAAUGGCCACCUUUGCCUUUCUGGCAAUGAGCAUGACUUAAUGUGGGAAUGCUUCAUACAGUCACUGAAGCAACAGCAAAUUAUCUCUGGAGAAACCCAGCAUGGAGUGCAGCAGUACACAAUUUGCAUCAAACAUUCAAAGCCCUUGGUUAUAAUUUUGGAUGAUAACUUCUACUAUCAGAGCAUGAGAUAUGAGGUGUACCAGAUGGUGAGGCGAAAUUCCAUAGGCUUCUUGCAGCUGUUUCUGGACUGUCCAGUUGAACUAUGCCUGAAGAGAAAUCGUGAGCGAGGUUCCCUAGUAAGUGAUGAAACAAUAGUCCUGAUGUCAGCAAAAAUCCAACUGCCAGACCCUGAGAAGAAUUCAUGGGAAAAGAACAGUAUUAUACUGAAAAAUACAGAAAAUAUAAUGGAAGAUGAAAUGCAAAAGCUAUUUGAACAGCUUGAUAUCUCGUUAGAAAAUCCAGAGAAGCCAGUGGAAGAAAAUAUUGAACAAAAGGAGAGAGAUCGUGCCAUUUGUGCAGCUAAUGCUCUUCAUCAAGUAGAUCAAGCCUUCCGUCGUUUAGUAUCUCAAACCAUGAAAACGGCAAAAGCUAAGAACCUAAGUAAGUGUAAUCUGAAGUUGCUGUCUGAAGAACUGAACAAGCUUAAGACUGUGCUUUUGGAAGGCCUCCGUCAUCUGAUCUCCAAGGGCAAUCCUCUAAAGCCUUGUGAUGUUGAUGUCAUUGUCCAAGAGUCUACACGUGAAUUUGAUCAGAAAAAGGAAGAAAUUCUAAGGAAUUUUCUAAAACCUGUAAGACUGCGGUGGAGGCUGAGUCCAUGGGUAUAUUUAAGCCAGAAGCUGAUCGUUUCCUGAUUGGUCAGGGCAUCAAAGGAUAUGGUGAGAAGGCAGAUGGGGCUCGUCUAGGAGAAGGAAAACUCUGAUUCCAAACCUCCGCUACCUUGCAGCUAUACCUCAUGGUGAAGGCUUCAUGUGUAAAUCCCGAGGAAAAAUCUGGAGCUGGAGUCCUUAAGGCUCCUUUCCCAAUGUUGAGUUCAACACUGACCUGCGAUGUUGCUGGUGUCAAACUGUACCGGUCUCUGCCAUUUCUUUGGAUUCAUCAGUUGCGUGGAGAGGGGGUGCCUGCUGCAUGUUCAACAUCUCGCUCUCCAUAUUAUACUGCCCUGCUUGCAUAUCAUGUGGACAGCUGGGACACUACAUCCGUGACUGACCCCAACCAACGGAAGGCCUCAUAUUAAACAUCUGUCUUUGGGCUCCCUCCACUCCGCCACCAUGAUUUCAACAGAACCUCUGUGUACAAACAUCAAUGGACCUCUGUUGAACUCACCAAGGUCACAACAAAGGUUUGGAAAACUGCUCAAGGAAAUUCCCCAUGGUGAAUAAUAGUCUAUUCCACAACAAUAUUUGCUCUGUUUUUAUUCUUGCAUCGAAUAAAUGCUAAUGAGAUAGUAAGCAAAUAUUUCCCAGGUCAUUGUUGACUAGUCUAUUAACUGCUAUACUCUCCGGUUUGGAUGCAAUUGAUGGAAAUUCCAGGGCCAUAGUGCUGUGUUAAAUAGUUUUUGCCAUAAUUAACUAGUUCUUGAUGAGCAAUAUACUGUUGAUAAUCAAUGGGGGCUUCAUCUUGGUGAUGGACUAUUAGUUUGGUUUGGGAAUCAUGACUAAGAACAUGUGAUCUCCAAUAAUUGUUGGGCCUCAGAAACAACUGUACUCUGUUCAGGUGCAAGGGAGCCUUACAGAAGU